CUAGCCGUCACCGUCAGUCUUGUGCCUGUUUCGUAGCGAUUCUGACGCUUUUCCAACCCUAGAGUGCCGUGGCUCAAGUCCCCUUCUUGAAGAGUGCAUAAUUUUCCUAUCAUUUUGCAUAAGUGGCAAGUUGUGGCGAUUUGCGGAGUGCAGAUUACUGUCCCUAAGCUGUGUGUGCCUGCAAGUGCGAACAUCUUCCAUACUCAGCCGGAGAGCUGCAGAGUCAGUGGCAUCCGUGUGCGGUGUGAGCAGGACGGAACGCUAUCGAGAAUACCUGAUUUGGGAAUUUCGUGGAAUUUUUUUCCGAUCCGAAGUUGCGAAAACACUGCCCGCAAGUGCUUGCGAUUUACGCGAAGCAAUCCGUUUAGAUAAGUGUGGUGCGGUAGCUUAUUUUUAACUUGUACAGCGCAUGAAUAGUUGCAAAACAUAGAGUUGUGCUUAUAGCCCCAUUUUGACGAGAAUUGCGAGUGCGAGUGAGAAGGAAACUAUCUUCGAGAGCUGGUGCUACGCGAUAAUAUUAUAUCGGAGAGACAAGUUUGAGCAAAAAGUUGAAAAAAAAAAGUUUUCAUUCGCCGUUUUUGGAAACUGAGAAAUCAGCCAGGUACGCGUGAACGAGACAGAAACCUGCGCCAGAAGAGCUGAUCAGUGAGGAGCAGCCGAACACGUUCCGUUAUAUUUUGGUUGGUGUGUUCGAUGAUGUUGUUUGUCGAUGGAUUGAUGUGCUCAGCCGUGUGACAGAUCGAGCGAGGAGAAAAUAUCCGAAAGUGAGUGCUUUACGCAACGAAAAUUGCAUUCCUUCCGUGGGUGUUUUGUAUCCUGGUGAUUCCUUUUUGGUUGGUGUCGUGCUUGUGUGGAGUCCAGAAGCUAGAAGCGAUUUCGUGGACAAUACACUCGAGACGGAGACUGAAGUUUCUGGUUGUUGACCGAAGAGGAUCGGGAGCGCUUUGGUGGAAUCGCGAGUCAUCGAACUGGGGGUCAGUGCAUUCCAGUAGUGCAAGAUAAAACAACCCGGCGCUCAUACUCACGCGUGAGAAGUGUGAUUAGCAUUCACAACAGCCGCGGCGUCAGCGCGAUAAACAUAUUUAUUUACGAACAAUCACUCGUUACGAAUCAGCUAGAAUAUUCGCAAAACACCAACCCGUUCGUGUCCAAGUAGGUAGUGAUAGUGCGUGAACAGCGGAACAAUAGAUACAGCUUAUGUAACAUUGUCUGGUCUUCGCUUAAGGAACUUCAACGUGGCAAGCGACAAACCCCGCUACAAUUGCUCAUAGCUUGGUCUGGCCCGGAUAGCAACGGAGUAGAGUAAAAGUUAAAAAUUUUCCAUGUGGGUUUUAUUCAAAUUAAUGACACAGUGAAGUGCAAACAGAAAAGUUCAAGUGCAAUUAAAAUUUCGGUAGUUGUAACGUACAAGCGAGCUAACGAAUUCUGUGAUUUCCGCCAUCCAAUCCGGCCAGCGAACAGAGCCAAAAGAAGAAAAGUAAUUAAACAAAGUAGCAAGAAAAAAGGCAAGCUCCUCUGUAACCUGCAACGAGCAAAUGUGUUAAAGCAACCACCUGGAAAGCGGUUACAAAGCAGGAAGAUUAAGUUUUGGAGGUUGUUUUUUUCUACCUUUGUCCAUCUUCGCACCUCGCACUGUUGUGGAUUUCGGUGAAAAUCGGGUGAAAAGAAAAGCUCGUAGAGCAACCUCAUUCCUAACGGCGUACUUGAGCGGUGGUAUAAAAAGUGGUAAAAGCAAGGAGUAACCACACACUCGAAAAAAACCCGGCAUUUUGAAUAUCCCAGCAAAACCAGGGUGCGUCCGGGUCUCUCGCGUCGUCUUCCUCGGUUAGUUGAUUAGCGGCGCGCGCGCGUUCGGCCGAUCAGGUUCACACACGGUCGUCAUCCGGGCGCCCCCCGAAGUUCGAAAGAAGUGUGGUAGUGGUCCAAAAGUCAGCGGCGGCGGCGGGACCCAAGAUGCUAGCUCCGGGACAUGUGGUGUCACUGUAUGUGGCGACGAGCGGCUAUAACGGUGCGGCACUUGGCUCCGACGAGAAGGAAAUCGUUCUGCUGAUUUACGUAAUCAUCGAUGUGCAGACAAAUAAUGUUGUCGGUGUCAAGCAGUACUUUGUCCGGCCCACCAACCCGCACCAGAAUCCCCUGCUCGGCAGUAGCAGCGCCAGCCAGAACAACAUCAGCUCCAGCAAUACCUCGCUCGAUCAGUCCAUCGGAACGACGUGUUCGUCGUCGCUGUCCUCCUCGACGGUGGCCACCAUCGGUUCGAACAAUCUGUCCACGUCGUCGUCGUCGUCGAUGUCCGCACCGGCACCACCGCCGGCACAGGACAACGCCAUCAGCCAGGAGAUCCCCGCCAUCGAGUCGCUGAUUCAGUCCAACGGCCGGCUGCUGGAGGAGGUGAUCGAACAGUUCGACGCCUACACGCGGUCCCUCAAAAUCGACCCGCACGGGUCCGGCUUUCGGCUGGUGACGGACGGGCAGCUCCCGCUGCGCCAGUGUUUACACCCGGAAGCUAGUGCCAAAGAUAUUCAACUGCCCGCGUACUACUGGCGAUUCAGCGACCUGCGGAAGGAGUACGUUCGCUGCAAAGCGGGCGAUUUAGCCCGGGCACUGGUGCCGGUGUCGGACGUGACGAAACUGCACACGAUGCCCCGGUUACCGACGACGCCGGCCUCCGUUGCGGAGAUGAUGCAAGAUCUUGAACUUCCAUCGUACCCAGAGAGUGAAAUCUACACGAAAGAAGCCCGUGACAUGGUCACAAUUAUCCAGCACAUGAUAUCAUUAGGUCAUAAAUUCGAAGCAAACGAAGUCGUAAAUUUAAGUUUAGAACCUGGAAUAUGCUCAAUCGAUGACGAAAUCGAUGGCACGUGUAUAGUGCGUGCGCGUGGACUACCCUGGCAGAGCAGCGAUCAGGACAUCGCUCGGUUCUUCCGGGGGCUUAAUGUGGCCAAAGGUGGUGUAGCACUCUGUUUAUCACCACAGGGUCGUCGUAACGGUGAAGCGUUGGUACGCUUCGUUACUCAAGAGCAUCGCGACAUGGCGCUAAAACGACACAAGCACCACAUCGGCAACCGGUAUAUUGAGGUAUAUCGAGCCUCCGGAGAGGAUUUCCUAGCGGUGGCCGGCGGUGCAUCCAACGAAGCUCAGGCAUUCCUGUCCAAGGGAGCUCAGGUUAUUAUUCGUAUGCGAGGUUUACCGUAUGAUUGUACAGCGAAACAAGUGCUGGAGUUCUUCGCCAACGGGGAGAACAACUGCACCGUGCUAGAUGGUGCCGAUGGAAUACUGUUUGUGAAAAAGCCCGAUGGUCGGGCGACUGGGGAUGCGUUCGUGCUAUUCGCCCAGGAACCGGAUGCCUCCAAGGCGCUUUCGAAGCACCGUGAGUCGAUCGGGCAGCGAUACAUUGAGCUGUUCCGGUCGACCACGGCCGAAGUUCAGCAGGUACUGAACCGCUCGAUGGAUCCAAAAACCUAUGAACCACCACAGCCGCCUUUGAUUGCGGCACUACCGCCGGUACAAAUGCCACUUCUACCACAACACGUAAUCACCAGUGGGACGGAAAAGAACUGCAUACGGCUUCGUGGUCUACCGUACGAGGCAAAAGUGGAACACAUCCUACACUUCCUGGAAGACUUUGCCAAGCACAUUGUCUACCAGGGAGUGCACUUGGUCUACAACGCACAGGGUCAGUUUAAUGGGGAAGCCUUCAUCCAGAUGGAUUCGGAAACGGCCGCUUUUCAGUCGGCCCAACAAAAGCACCACAAGAACAUGAUGUUCGGCAAAAAACAACGCUACAUCGAAGUGUUUCAGUGUUCCGGCGACGAUAUGAACAUGGUACUGAACGGUGGGUUCCAGCAGUCGUCGAGUAUUUCGAAACCGCCGCUACUAUCACCCGGUGGCACCAUCGUGGGUAGCCCAUUCGGUGGCUUCAGCCCCUUCGGACCCCCGCCGACGGCUGUGUUAUCACCGCGAGCACAUCCCGCUGCCGCCUACUACCCUCAGCCGAUCCUGUACUGGGGCUACCCGAGUCCGCCGGUUUCACCGACCACGUACUAUGGUGCACCUACCCCGCCAGGACCGCAUCAUCUGCCGCCUAAUAUGCCCCCGCAUCAUCACCAUCAGCCGACACUGCUAACCGUAACGGACCACCAUCUGUCCCCAGCGGGCCCGGUCAUCACCAGCUCUCAACUCGGUUCGUCGUUGUCAUCGUCAUCGUCGUCGUCCGUUCGGGAAACGCAACGAUCAUCCACUCCACAACCGCAGUCACCGCUAUCCCCCAAUCCACCCCCGUUUCCCUCACACAGCGGAAAUGCUUCGUCACCACCUUUGCUGGGCGGAAUACCUACUACGCUCGCUAUUCCCAUACCGAGCACUCAUUCGGCCUACCCGACACCUCUCUCGCCUAUACCACUGCCGCAUCAGCAGCAGCAACAUUUUCACUGUGCUCAUCAUCAUCAUCACCAGCAGCAGCAACAUCAGCUCCAGCAUCAGCCUGGACUGCUGAUACCGCCACCUACCUACGAGCACCACAUUCACGACAAGCUGGUUUCUUCAUCUGGAAGCAUUCUGACGGCAGCAGCUCCCUCGCUUAUCCCAAACCAAUACGUUGAGUUGUUUAUUGUUUAGUUACUGUUUUCUGCGUGUUUAUGUAUGUGUGCGUACAUACGUUUUUCGUUUCAGUGCUGCAAAAUGUUUUGACUUUUUGCAACGCUGGCUCUCGUGGAUUGCCAAUUUAUGUUUGUAAGAGCAAGUUUUAUGUUUGUGAUUGUUAAUGUUUUCAAACAUAGAUUUUUUCGGUUGAUCAGCUGAACAAAGUAGGUUAGUAAUAAAUGUCAUUUUUUUGUAGAUUAUAAUUGAUCUUUAGUUCUAAGCUCUUAUCUAAUCAAGCAAGAGAUAAUCUGCGAAAGCAAUCCACCAACGAACGAAAGCAUUCCAACCUAAUCCAAGACAUACAUAUCAAAGUUUAUACUAAUAGCAUAGUUUGAACCCACUUAAGUACAAUAGAAAGUAUAAAUAUAGUAACCGUAAUUAAUAUUUUAUCUAUUUAAGAGCAUGCGAUUGUAAUAAUAUGAGUUCCACUCUAGUUUAUAACUGCUUAAAGCAAUUUAAAAACGCCGAUAUUUGCUCAAGUUACAACAACUCUUGUUAUAAGACAAGUCAAACCGUGUACUACUAGAGAAAAUUGUCUUAGGAGACUACCCAUACAGUUAUAUAUGUUAAGUUUUUUAUUGUUUUGAUUUUUUUGUACGGUUUUUAUUGUUUUGUUUUCAAAUUAUACAACAACUAUUUCACAACAAGUCUUCCAAACAUAAAUUGAAGUAAAAUAAAUGGUGACCCAUCAACCAAUUACCCUAACUUAUGUGCUAGUUUUAACGUCAAUUAGCUUAUUCUAGUGUAGUAAAUUAUGCUAUUUAACCGUAAAGCGAGUGCCCAAUGAUGACAAACUGUAAUUGUUAGAUGAUGAAAAAACAAUGCUUAACCGUAGAAAAAGUGUGCAAAACUAAACGAAAAUCUCGAAUCGAAGGUGCUUUUCCUAUUCGAACACACGUGUCUGACGCUCUGAUAUCGCUGAACAAAACAAAACAGAAUAGCAUUCCCAAAUCAAAGCUUAUUGUUGUUAUUUACAUACAUAUACCUUACCUUAGACAAUAUGUGUACUAUGAAAAAUCCCAGCAGAAAAACCCCAAAGCUUGUUUGCUAAGCGGCUAUACGACUAAAAAUCUAGAUAGGUGCGGACUAAAGUUAACAAACAACUAUUGCUCAACCGGCUUUGACGGACGCCACAGAACAUGCCUAUAUAUCAAAAUCAUUGAUUACCUACCUAACGAUUUCAAAGCAAUACAUAUAUGUACUAUCUAGUUAUAUACGAAAAUAAAAAACGGGCCAGAAAGCGAACAGCAAUUUUGUGCCUGAACGUCGGUGGACGAGAAACAAUGAGAAAAUAAAACAAGUAACGAAUGUGGCAAAGUAGACAGAGAGAGUAAUAGCAAUGUUGAAGUUUAGCUAUUGUUGUACUUUAAUUAUGUUAAAGAUGAUUUUGUAGAAUUAUUUAAUGUUGAUAUUGAAACAGUACGGAAAGGAACGCUAAACGAAAGUGAUCGAAGAGACGAGAAGAGUGAAACAGAGUAAAUAAGCAAUAUAUGCUGUGCAAUAUACGCUCAAGCUAAAAUAUUCAUAACAAUAAAAAAAAACUAUUUUUACG